AUGGUUAACUCUCCAUUGCCAACAGAUCUAGCAGGCGAAUGUAGAAAAGCGGCAAAAAUCCUGAAUAGCUUCAUUGAUCCGAUUGCAGCAAAGGGUCCUGAUAAGGUUAUUCCACCAAAUAUUUUGCAAAAAGCAAAAGGCUUUGCGAUUUUUACCGUUAUCAAGGCUGGCUUUGUUUUCUCAGGAAGAGCGGGUUCGGGAUUAGUCAUUGCAAGACUUGAAGACGGAUCAUGGUCCGCUCCAUCAGCAAUUGGUACUGGUGGUAUGGGUUUCGGUGGACAAAUUGGUGCCGAGAUCACUGAUUUUGUUAUAGUCUUGAACAGUAAAGCUGCUGUUAAAUCUUUUAUGCAUGGUGGAAAUGUUACUUUAGGUGGAAAUUUAAAUGCAGAGGGUGCUGGUUCUGUUUCUCUUGGGCACGUUGCUGCUGUAUUUUCUUACAGCAAAACAAAAGGUCUAUUUGCAGGUGUUUCUAUCGAAGGUUCUAUCAUUAUUGAACGCAAAGAUGCAAAUGCGAAAUUAUAUCAUCGCAAAGUUACUGCUAAGGAGCUUCUUUCUGGACAAGUACCACCACCACCUCAAGCUGAUGUUUUAUAUAGAGCACUAAGUGCGAAAGCCUCUCGCUCUUCUACUUAUGAAACUACAAACUCUGAUCUGUCCUCAGAACAUGAUGAUGCUACGUCAACAAGAUCAGCAGGAACCUCUCAAUCCGUUCCGAGAAAUUAUCGUCAUAGUCAGCCACCUCCAUAUUCUGCCAUAAAACCAAAAUCAGGAGAGGAUAAACCUCGCAAUACAAACCCUUUUGAUGCUGACAAUUCAAAUUCUGCAAAGUCUGUUAAUCGAUCGAUUUCCUUAUCUCAUAACAAUUCAUCCAAACCUCCGCCAAUAGCGCCAAAACCACAGAUUCCUCCUCGUGCACCAAAACCACAAACAGCUAUUGCAUUGUAUGAUUUUACUGGAGAACAAGAAGGUGACCUUGGUUUUACAAAAGGAGAUCUUAUCAUUGUUACGAAGAAAACAGAAUCCAACAAUGAUUGGUGUGGACUGGAAAAUGUAAAGGACAAGAAGGAAUU